AUGAAGGCUGGAAGUAAGAUACUCAGACAUCCUCCAAUUGACCAGGAGGGGGCAGUCACUUCCAACUAUCAUGUGACACCUCCAAAGAAUCCACGGAUGACCCCCACAUCGUAUCCACAUCUUCCGGAACCGCUUAACCUCCGUAUGGGUAUGCCUCAGAGAAAGGUACCAGAGUUCGACGACAACCCUCUGAAUUACUGGAAGUUUCUGAGGGGUUUCGUGGGGGGGGUCGCCCAAUACGUUACGAAUCCCGCAGAUCGCCUGGACUUCUUAUCGAUGCAUGCGAACGUGAAGCAAGAGAGGCCAUCGAUCACUGUACAAUACUCGAGCCGGAACACGGCUACGCAGAAGCCUGGAAGAUAUUGGGUCGCAGGUUCGGUAACCCCUCGGUUAUUACAGGACAAUACAUUGCGUCUGUCACAACCGGGCAACCCAUCAGGCCGAACGACGCCAGCUCGCUACUCAAGCUAG